AUGCCCCAAAGGAAAGGCUUGGAGAAUCACACCGUUGGAUCUGGAUUCAUUCUUCUGGGAUUUGCUGAGCUCUCCAGCCUGCAGGGAAUGUGCUUCACAGUAUUCCUGGUCAUCUACCUCGUGGUCCUCACAGGGAACAGCAUGAUCGCACUCAUCACCGUGGUGGACUCAAGCCUCCACAGCCCCAUGUAUUUCUUCCUGAGGAACUUGUCUGUCCUGGAGAUCUGCUACACAUCAGUCACUCUGCCAAAAAUGCUGAUGGGUUUCCUGCUGGCAGAUGGCAGGAUCUCCUUCCUUGGCUGUGCUGCCCAGCUGUAUUUCCUGGUUUCCUUGGGCAGCAUUGAAUGCCUCCUCCUGACUGCCAUGGCCUACGACCGCUGCAUAGCCAUAUGUGACCCCCUGCACUAUACCCUCAUCAUGAGCAGGGGUCUCUGCAUCAGGCUGGUGGUGGGGUUGUGGCUGGUUGUCAUACCAGUGCAAGUAGGACAGACCUACCAGGUUUUCACUUUGCCCUUCUGUGCAUCCCAUGACCUUCAUCACUUUUUCUGUGAUGUCCCCCCUCUGCUGGAACUGGCUUGUGCAGACACUUUCUGGAACCAACUGGUGCUGCACACUAUCAUCCUGGUGUUUGCAAUCCUUCCCUUCUCCUUAAUAGUUAUUUCUUACAUUAAAAUUAUCAGGGCAAUUCUGAAAAUACCUUCAGUUCUGGGCAGACACAAAGCCUUUGCCACCUGCUCUUCACACCUCGGGACGGUGACACUCUUCUAUGGCUCGGCCACAGUCAUCUACUUAAAGCAACGGUCAAGGGAUUCUGGAGACACUGACAAAUACCUGGCCCUGUUUUACACAAUUGUGACCCCCAUGGUCAACCCUGUUAUCUAUAGCCUGAGGAAUACAGAAGUGAGAAUUGCCUUGAAGAGGCUCCUGUGGACAAAGUGA